CAGUCCACCAAAUACUGCCUUUGAAAUGGCGUUGCUGGAUGUGUAGUUCUGUGAUCUUUACAAGCAUAGUGCUUCCGAUAAAGGGUUUUAUCUAUUUCAUCGUAUAAUUGGUAACUUUUGGUGUUACACUACACACUUUGAUAUCGUUUUGGUUGAUUAGGAAAUAUAGUAACGGUUGUUGUGGAAUACUUUUCCAAUAAAGAAGGCCGCCUUCAUCCUCGGCCUUUGGGGAAGGAUUUACAGCCGCUUUCGAAUGCUUGGCCGCUCCGCAACAAGAAAUUGCCGCACCUAACUCUGGAGAAUGUUUUGUACCAUGUUGGCAAGAGGCACCUACAUCAAGUGAAGUGACAGCAGCAGUUCACCUGUGCCCCUUCUGCACUAGUUUGAUCUAGACUCCAAUGCAACCGUAACAUAGUGUUGACUUUUGUCAAACGACUUGGACCCUUUUUUGUGUAGGUCUGUUUCUACCAAGAGUGGACUGAUAUCUGACAGUACAGAUCUAGUUUCCAUACAAACCCGGUAUGGCGUCUGUACCCGUGUACUGUCUGUGUCGCCUACCCUAUGAUGUCACACGCUUCAUGAUUGAGUGUGACAUUUGUCAAGACUGGUUCCAUGGAAGUUGUGUUGGCGUCGAGGAGGAUAAAGCAGCAGACAUUGACCUGUAUCACUGCCCCAAUUGUCAAGUCAGCCACGGGCCGUCUGUCAUGCGGAAGCGCCGAGGGUCGAGCAAGCAGGCGGACGCCGGAGGAGCCGGAGGAAGAGACGGUGGACGACCAGUCAAGACAGGAAGCCCCCAGUUUGUUAGAGAGCUACGCAGCCGCACCUUCCCAAAUGCGGAUGAGGUGCUGCUGAAGCCGUCGGGGGCCCAGCUGACGGUGGAGUUCCUGGAGGAGCGCUCCUUCAGCGUUCCCGUCAUGGUGCUCAGGAGAGACGGACUGGGCAUGAACCUGCCUCCUGCGUCCUUCAGCGUCACCGACGUGGAGCACUACAUAGGCGCAGACAAAGAGAUAGAUGUGAUCGACGUGUCCCGCCAGUGUGACCUGAAGAUGCGUCUGGGGGACUUUGUAGAGUACUACAACAGCCCCAACAGAGAGCGGACGCUUAACGUCAUCAGCCUGGAGUUCUCUGAGACCAGGUUGUCCAACUUGGUGGAAACUCCAAAGAUCGUGAGGAAGCUCUCCUGGGUGGAGAACCUGUGGCCUGAAGAGUCUGUGUUCGAGAGGCCCAACGUUCAGAAGUACUGCUUAAUGGGUGUGAAGGACAGCUACACAGACUUCCACAUUGACUUCGGAGGCACCUCCGUGUGGUACCAUGUCCUGAGGGGUGAGAAGAUUUUCUACCUUAUUUCCCCCACGCCUGCCAACCUGGCACUGUUUGAACGUUGGAGCUCCUCGUCCAAUCAGAACGAAAUGUUCUUUGGCGACCAAGUGGACAUGUGUUACAAGUGCUCCCUCAAACAGGGAAACACCCUCUUCAUCCCAACAGGGUGGAUCCAUGCUGUGCUCACUCCUGUAGACUGCCUGGCAUUUGGUGGGAAUUUCCUGCAUAGCCUCAACAUUGACAUGCAGCUCCGAGCAUACGAGAUAGAGAAGAGGCUGAGUACAGCCGACCUGUUCAGGUUCCCCAACUUUGAGACAGUCUGCUGGUAUGUCGGCAAACACCUCCUUGACACAUUCAGGGGUCUGAGGGAGAACCGCAGACAUCCUGCCACCUACCUGGUCCUCGGGGCCAAGGCUCUGAACAACGCAUUCCAGACCUGGACCCGCAAGGAGGCACUCUCUGAACACGAGGUGGAGAUCCCAGAAACCAUCAAGACUCAGCAGCUGGUGAAAGACUUGGCCAAGGAGAUCCGCCUCGUUGAGGACAUCUUUCAGCAAAACAUUGGUCGUACCGGACUGCCCAGUUUCCCCUCCCCCCUGUCCAAGGCUCCCCUGACAGCUGCGCAGAACCCCGGACGCCCCCCCGGCAAGAAGAGAGGCCCCAAACCCAAGAUGGAGGAGGAGGAGGGGGGGGGGGUCGUGGGGUCCCCGGGGCCCAAGAAGAAGGGCCAGAAGAGCCUACUGAAGGCAGAGGCCGGGGAGUUGGACCUCCUGGAGAUCCACACCAAACACACGCUCAAGAAGUUUCAACCUGGCAAGUCCAAAAACAAGAACAAGUUGGAGCUACCGCUGGAAGAGUUUGAAGGCAAGCUGAAAAAGAGCAAGCUAAAACUGGUGUUGACCAAUGGCAAGAUUCAGGGGAAGAAAGGGGGGCGUUCUGGCAGCAGUAACGGGGCGGGCAGUGCCCCCCUCUACCAGAACCUGGGCACAAGCUCCAGCCUCUCCGACUUUGAGUCGGAAGAUGAGUUGCAGAUAGACGAAACUCCGCCACCUCGACGCAAGUCCGCAGGGUCCAGCAAAAAGAAGCUGAGUGGUCUGCCUAGGAAGCUGCCCCGAGCCAAGCCCUGCUCCGACCCCAACCGCAUCAGGGAGCCAGGAGAGGUGGACUUCGACAUUGAGGAGGAUUACACCACAGACGAGGAGACCCUGACCGUCCAUGGGGUGAAGGGAGGCGCCGGGGGCAUUCUGGACCUUCUGAAGGCCAGCAAGCAGGUGGCAGGGCUGGACUCUGCUCUGAGCGAGGAAGCCCCAGCCUCCCCCAGCACGCGUGACGCCAUCCAGGGCAUGCUGUCGAUGGCCAACCCUCCUUCUUCCUCCUCCUCCUCUUCCUCCUCCUCCCCCCUCUCCAUCUCCGGGGGCCUGUCUGAAGGCUUGGGUGUGGUCAAGGACAAAGGGGGCCGGGCAGUGUGGGUGACCGGAGGAGCCAAGAAGACGGGAGGCGGCGAGAAGAAGAGUGCCGUCCCUCGCACCGUCCAGCGCCCGGGGAAGCGUCCGGUCAAGAGGCCAGCGCGCCACCUCAGCGACGAGGACAGCCCAGACGAGCAGGAGACUCUGGGCACCUGUUUUAAAGACUCUGACUAUGUUUACCCUUCCCUGGAGUCUGACGAGGAAGACCACGCCAACAAAGCCAAGAUGAAGAGGAAGAGGAACUGGGACGAUACACCUUGGAGCCCCAAAGCUCGGGUUCAGCCCACCCUCCCCAAACAGGAGCGCCCAGUGAGGGAGGGGGCCAGAGUGGCAUCUGUGGAGACCGGCCUGGCGGCAGCCGCUGCCAAACUGGCCCAACAGGAGCACCAGAAAACCACCAAAAGGAAGUACACAAAAAAGCAGCGUCCGCCUGCCCCUCCAGCCCCCCCACCCCAGGCCGACCCAUCCCCUCCCUCGCCCCCAUCGGCCCCAGAACCAGAGCCAGCUGCCUGCAGCCCAGACAGGAGGGAGUGCUACUCUGCUAGCCUGCUGGACCACGAGUACACAGCCGGCCCAGGCCCCUUUGGCCCAGGAGGACCCAGGGGCAGUGCGGCCAUGGCCCCCGGGGUGUUCCUCACCUCCAGGAGGCCCUCCCUCUCCCCCCAGAACAGCAGCACUUACUCUCCUUCGGCAGCCUCCCCUGCAGGUCUGGCAAGCCCAGGUUCCGUGGGAGCCGGUCAAGGUAAACGUCCAAAAAAAGGACUUGCAACUGCGAAACAGAGACUUGGGAAAAUUCUGAAAAUACAUCGCAAUGGCAAGCUUCUCCUGUGAGAGUCAAGAACAAUGCUUUGAGCAAGAUCUUUUGGGUUUUUUGUCUGAAAGAUUCCUGGAGGACAUUUGGAUUUCAGUAAAGAGAACUUGAAGGACAUGGCCGCUUUAAGAAAGACUGAUUUAUAUUUUGUAUAUAUUGUUUUAUUUAACUUUUAGUUUCUGUUUGGCAUCUUAUUUUUUGAUAGACUCUUUAUCAAAACCCCCAGUCCCUAAACCAACCUCUUCAUUUUGGUCCCAUGCUUCCCCUUCUAUUCAUAUCUGUAAUAGUAGAGCAUGUUGUGACCAAAUUCAUGCACAUCUUAAAAGAAAGGGGAGAAAAUGUCUGAAUAACGGUAAAUUGGUCAAUGAAAUUAACACCCACCAAUUGAAUGUACAUGCAGAAAACAUGUACUGUUAAUAUUGUCAAUGAAAAAUAAUGCAACGCUUGAUAUUUGAUUAUCUAGUUAUGCCCUUUGACUUUCAGAGUUUGUGUUUUCGUCACAGGCUCGUUAAGGGGAAAAUGACUCCGUAGUCGGGGGUUUAUGGACUCAUGCUAAAUGGGACUCGAUUUGUCUAUGAUGAUUUAUGGGUUUGACUUUUAAAUAUGUGUGCAUGUGUUUAAGGGGUCAUUUUUAGUUUAGUUUUAAACCUAAUGAUCAUCAGCCAGCUAUUGUGGAAUUGCAUUGUAAACCUCGCUAGAGCAAAUCCUUGAUGAACAGGACACACAUUAUUCAGAAUUCAGCCCAAAUUAGACUUUUGGAUAAGUAUAAAUGGAGUUUAAAAUGUUGAAAGUUUAGGGUGCUUACAAUUACCAUUGGUUUUGUUUAUUCAUCUACAGAUGGGUAUUGUUUAUGUGUUUGUUGUAGCAUGCCAUCCCACUCUUGCCCUGUAUUUUUCUCAUGUUAUAGUUUUUCCCCUCAGUUAGUCUGUUUAUUGUUACAUCCCAUCCCCAUUUAGUUGUGUUUCUAUCCAGCCCACUCUGACACGUAGGAUUAUUUUGUGAAUUAUCUUUACAAUAAUUGUUGUAGAUAUUUAAGUCAUGUCUCCCAGAGUUCGAUUGUUCAGUAGCUUUAUUUUUAAUUUUACAUUGUUCUUUCGUAAGUAGAGGACAAUUAGGUUUUUUUAUGUGUAUAUAUUUACAUUUCUAUAGCCAUCUGGUCAAAGCAGUAAUGUAGUAACAUAGACUCUAGUUCCUAAUAUUUUCAUCAUUUGUUUCAAAGAGUCCAUUACAGAUCUAAAGCUUCAGAAUAAUGGAUGGAUUUUUAUUUUAUCUGGAAGAGAUGUUCGGUGGACAAAAUUCUAAUUUCAUGGAAGGACAUUAAAGUUAGUAACAGUUGAGACAUUCACAUUAUGUAAAUAAUUGUUGCAAUCUUCUUCUUUUUUUAUAGUUAAGCAAAAAAAAAUGUUUAAAAAACAUUUCUUAACAUACCUUGUACAAUAUUCAUAAAUGUCACUUGCAAAAUGUAUGAAAUGGUAAAAGGUUGAGUUUUGUUUAUUUGUAUGCAGUAAUUAUGUCAUGGUUAGUUUGUCAUGUUGUAUUGUUAAUGUAAAAUGUUUGUGCUGAAUAACUGCCCUUUUUUGUUUCAUUUCCUUUGUUUUGUUUUAUAAUAGUAAUGGUCAUAUUUACUCUUAUGUCAAUGUUCUAUAUGGUAGACAUGGGUGUAAGUAUUGACCUGUAAGAAAGAAUGCAUUUGGCAUUGAUUUUGAUCUCAAACUUCUGAAUUGGUUGCCUGGUAACAUAACAAUGGGCCAGCACUGCAGCAUGAAUGUUUGGUUUUAGUUUUCAUUCCAUCAUGACAUACCACAGAGAAUGAUGGCUUUGAUGCAGAUUUCACUUUCACAGUCCUGUAUGUUUGUGCUUGAGGAACCGUCAAUUAUUGUGGCAAGGAGCAUUUACAUUGUAUUAAACACCCAUUCUUUA